CAACAUUCAAUGGAAAGAGCCAAAGAUGUUCGCUCGGUCAUGUAAUCACCUGUGUCCAAUCACAGCUGAUCGCGAGCUGUCACUCUGACAGAGGAGAGCCGGUAAUCAGCAUUCCUCGGAGGGGACAUGUGCACAGAUCAUCAGAGCACUGAUGAUCAGUGUGCCCUGAUAAUCUGUGUAGCCCCUGCAGUGCCAUCUGUCAGUGUCCAUCAGUGCCAGGUCUGUGCUCAUCCAUGCCACCUGCCAGUGCCACAUUUCAGUGCCCAUCUGAGCUGCCUUUCAGUGCCGCCUAUCAGUGCCAGUCAGUGCCGCCUAUCGUGCAUCAGUGCUGCCUAACAGUGCCACCUAACAGUGCCAGUUAGUGCCGGCUAUCAGUGCCAUAUAUGAGUGCUGCCUUUCAGUGCCCAUCAGUGAUGCCUGUCAAUGCCCAUCAGUGCCACCUACCAGUGCCUCCUCAUCAGUGCAGCCUAUCAGUGCCCAUCACUGCAGCCUCAUUAG